AUGCUGGCGCCGAAUCUCCAGCUAAACCCUCCACUGCCGAGUCCCCCCGUAGAGAAGACGCCCACAUAUCGCCCGGAAGAAGUCCCCUCCUGCGGAGGUCAUGGGACCUACGAAAUUCUCGAGGUAAUUCGCUUCCUGGAACACCAUGGGAUCGAAUGCUGUCUCGUCGGUGUUUCAGCGUUGAUAUUCUACGGUGCCGGGCGUGUCCGCAAUGAUUGGGAACUUUGUAUCCCCACCGAGAAAGUCGGCGACGCUGUCUCAUUACUCAAUUCUGGAGCUUUCUCCGACAAAAUACACCCCAUAGCUCCUCAUCCGAUUCCUCAGCCUUCUUCAUUACACUACACAUACCACCGAUUCAAAGGGAGGGGCAUCCACUUCUACUUCCUUAUUGUUCCCUCUCAUGAUGCCCACAUUCCAUGCGGUCCAUUCCGCAUUCAACGGAGCUUAAAUGGACUGCCCUACCCGACAUUACCAGUUUUGAUGCAGAGCUUCCUCGACAUGAACAAUGAUGUGGCGCUUUGCGACUGUAUCGACGGUUCCAAUGUCUCAGAGCAAUGGGGGUACGAGAACCUAGAUCUCGAUGGGUCCAACGAUUUAGAGUGGACAAAACGGAUGAACGACACAGCUACACAAUCCGCUAAAGGGAAAGGGUGGCUGUUUAUCCAGUAUUUCCCAACACAAACCAUCAGCCGUCGGGAGAAGUGGCAAAACCGAGUCCGGAGCAAGAAGGGCCGACUUGGAUGGACUACGCCAGAAGAUCUCUUCGAGACACGCUUCCGUCUGAAAGGCUCCCCGGAUCCAUGGACGCAGAAACUCAUAUCAUGCUAA